AUGGUCUUGGGAAACCACAGCGCCAUAAAAGAAUUCAUUCUUCUUGGACUCUCUUCUAACCCUCACAUCCAGGUUACAUUCUUUAUCCUGUUUCUAGGGAUUUACCUCCUGACACUGCUGGCAAAUUUUAUGAUGAUAACAGUUAUUCGAACAGAUCCCCACCUCCAGACACCUAUGUACUACUUCCUCAGUCAUCUUUCUCUCCUGGAUAUUUGUUUAACUACAGUCACAGUUCCCAAAAUGUUGGAGAAUCUCCUGUCUCAGACAAAAUCUAUGUCACUGGAAGAUUGUCUUGCCCAGUCUUUCUUUGUAUUUUCUGCUGUAGGAAUUGAAGUCUUUGUGCUCUCUGCCAUGGCCUACGACCGUUAUGCUGCCAUAUGCUACCCAUUGCUCUACAGCCAGGUGAUGAGUAAACAGAUGUGUGGAGGUCUAAUAUGGGGCUCCUGGGGACUAGGCUUUCUGGAUGCUCUCAUUAAUACCCUUAUGGCUUGUAAAUUGGAAUUCUGUGAGGCUCAUACACUGCCUCACUUCAGCUGUGAGCUGCCUUCCUUAUUUUCUCUAUCUUGCUCUGACAUUUCGAGCAACUUUAUUGUCCUGAUAUGUUCUGCCAUUGUUCAUGCCUUUGGCACCUUAUUCUUGAUCUUCUUCUCUUAUGCCCACAUUAUCUCGACCAUUCUGAGCAUCAAAUCAGCCACCGGCAGAAGCAAGGCUUUCUCUACCUGCUCCUCUCAUUUAAUUGUGGUGAGCUUCUUCUAUGGAUCUGCUUUGCUUCGUUAUUUAAUGCCCACCUUAAACUCUCCACUGGAAUUAUUUUUUUCCAUACAGUACAGUGUGAUCACUCCUGUAGUGAAUCCUCUUAUCUACAGCCUGAAGAAUAAAGAAGUAAAAGAAGCACUGAAAAAAUUGUUGCAAAAAAGGUGUGUGUUUUUUCAAACAGUACAUAACUUGUAG